UUCCGGCCUUCCUGUUCUUCUUUCCCUCUGCCAUGUCGACCACUAGUCUUCCCAGUUACACCGCACCCCUCCUCGGUCGCACCCCAACAUACACCGCCGAGCCCCAAGCUUCCGAGCAGCGUCUCGCCCUCAGCGUGCUCCAACCCCGGCCCUCGGGCGAGUUCACAAAGCAAUCCAAGGGCGGAGGUGUCAGUUUGAGGCUGUUCGCACAGGAAAAUGGCACUGCGUUGCCGACGUACGGGCACAGUGCCUCUAUUGACGGCGCCAUUGAUAUUGCGAAGCCAGAAGGCGUGAAUGCAGUCGAGGUCAAAAUCAAGGGUACCCUCAGAUUGAAAGAGAUUGCUGAGGGUGGCACCGCCACGCACGAGCUCGCGCUCACCAAGCUCUCAUUGUGGAACAAGGACAGGGAUGGCGGACAGUGUCCUACAUCUCUCCCGUUCAGCCUCGGCCUCCCUCCUACCUUUAACGACGGAAAAGAUGACUAUCCGCUACCACCAACAUUCGAGGCGCACCUCACGGGUAUGCCCGGGUUUAGGGCAAUAGUUGGUUAUUCGGUAUCUGCAAUGGUGGACAGAGGCCUCGUGAAGAAGGCCGCUUCGACCUUCUUCCCAAAGCCACAAAUUGAUUCAUCGGUAUCAACGGAUUUCAUCUACUUCCCCCGAUCGCGACCAGCUGUUCCAUUACCGCCACCCAUGAUGCUGGUACACAGCAACCCAGGAGUCUUAGAGAGUUCGGAAUGGCGCUGUUUCGAAAGCCGAAUCCCUGCGAGGACCGUGGGCGUGACUGACAUCAUCACAAAGCUAUACAUUCCGGCCUCGCGGGUGUAUUGUAUGUCCGAGCCGAUACCGUUCCACCUGUCGCUCGUGUCCUCGGCGUAUUCUCUCGCAGCGUUUAUGCCAUAUGGUCCCACGGCAUCACUGUUAGCCCCUCACAAGCAGCACACGCAGAUACGGCUCCUGCGUCAGUCUAUUGUGGACGUGAGAAACACGGUUGUGUUCGGCACCAAGACCGACAUCUGGCGAGUUACUUGCAUUGGAACAGGCACCUUCGCCCGAGGGUCUGAUGGGCCCGACUUUAUAUCUUUCGCCGGUGAGAUUCGGAUAGCGGAAGACCUCAAAAUUCCUGGGUUCAAAGCAGGAGGUCUCCUAGUAAAAGACUGUAUCGUACUGACCAUGGUACCGCCCGACGUCACAAAGUCGCCCUUCGAUGAGUUGCGCUGCGUCGUCCCUAUGAGACUUGUAACAGACCCGUGGACGAACGACGGAAGUGGGACAUUUGAACCAUCGGAGUACUCUUCCCCAUCAAGUGAGGAAGACGCGACCUCGCAACGAUUUGUUGACUUCCAUGGCCAAUGACCUCCGUACCACGCGCAUCCAGCAAGGUAGCACAUGGAAUGGAAAUUCUAACAAACUAAUUUAUCGUGAUGUGUAAAACGUAUUGACUGUACCAUCUGUUCUGUAACAUCGAUACCCUCGUGCUUGGAAGUAGCCACGAGAUAUAUACGUGACUUCAGCCUGGGCAUCUUCCUGGCAGAGAUCAUUGCUUG